CUCCUUGACAGCUGUGGUUACGUGAGGGAGAGCUGGCAUGGAGGGUAGCUGGGUCGGUGGUGGUGGUGAUGGUGGGCUAUCAUGUCAGGAGCAUGUAUAUAAGAGCGGCUCAAACCACUGCCUCGCGCAUUCAUAGGUCGGGCAUCAGCAGCGAUGGUGGCUGUGGUGCGCGUGGCGGUGGGACUGGUGGUGGUGGUGACAGUGACGGGAAUGCCUUACACUGAACUUCAGCAAGGCAUCGAUUCUAUUCCCAGCAAGAUGGAGCGCGGCAUUUGGGAAGAGUUUGGGCCAAGUCAUGUGGGACAGGGCCAUCACAACAGGAUAAAGAAAGCGCGCACGAUACGGGAGCUUUCGGGAGUCACGUCGUCCAGUGUAAGAGAAACGCACUGGCGGAGAGAAAAAAUCCCGCACAGGACAUCCAGAGAACCAAGAGAUCUUCCUCGACUCCCUGUGAUGAACAAGGCAGCUAUGGACAUCAAAACCGAGAUAUGCCAAACACAAGCAGCCAGAGGAAAGAGAGCGGCGUCCACUAGAGAGAAUGACAAUAGAUAUCGGAUGACCAAACGAGUCCACCGUACUCAUAAGGAAAACCCAAAGACAGUCCCAUUAGAUAGCGAGGAAUUAGAAAUAUCAGGAGACGAUCAGCAAAGCAAUGAUGGAAUAAAUGGAGGAGGAGGAGGAGGAGGAGAUGAUCAGCAAAGCAAUGAUGGAAUAAAAGGAGGAGGAGGAGGAGAUAAUCAGCAAACCAAUGGUGGAAUAAAAGGAAGAUUUGGAGAUGAUCAGCAAAGCAGUGGUGGAAUAAAAGGAGGAGGAGGAGAUGAUGAUCAGCAAACCAAUGGUGGAGUAAAAGAAAGAUUUGGAGAUGAUCAGCAAAGCAAUGGUGGAAUAAAGGGAGGAGGGGGAGAUGAUCAGCAAAACAGUGGUGGAGUAAAAGGGAGAUUUGGAGAUGAUCAGCAAAGCAAUGAUGGAAUAAAGGGAGGAGGGGGAGAUGAUCAGCAAACCAGUGGUGGAGUAAAAGGAAGAUUUGGAGAUGAUCAGCAAAGCAGUGGUGGAAUAAAAGGAGGAGGAGAUGGUGAUCAGCAAACCAGCGGUGGAGUAAAAGGAAGAUUUGGAGAUGAUCAGCAAAGCAAUGAUGGAAUAAAGGGAGGAGGGGGAGAUGGUCAGCAAAGCAGUGGUGGAAUAAAAGGAGGAGGAGAUGAUGAUCAGCAAACCAGUGGUGGAGUAAAAGGAAGAUUUGGAGAUGAUCAGCAAAGCAGUGGUGGAAUAAAAGGAGGAAGGGGAGAUGAUCAACAAACCAGUGGUGGAAUAAAAGGAGGAGGAGGAGGAGAUGAUCAGCAAACCAGUGGUGGAAUAAAAGGAGGAGGAGGAGGAGAUGAUCAGCAAACCAGUGGUGGAAUAAAAGGAAGAUUUGGAGAUGAUCAGCAAAGCAGUAGUGGAAUAAAGGGGGAAGGAGGAGAUGAUCAGCAAACUAAUGGUGGAGUAAAAGGAAGAUUUGGAGAUGAUCAGCAAAGCAAUGAUGGAAUUAAAGGAGGAGAGGGAGAUAAUCAGCAAACCAGUGGUGGAGUAAAAGGAAGAUUUGGAGAUGAUCAGCAAAGCAGUGGUGGAAUAAAAGGAGGAGGAGAUGAUCAGCAAACCAAUGGUGGAGUAAAAGGAAGAUCUGGAGAUGAUCAACAAAGCAGUGGUGGAAUAAAGGGAGGAGGAGAUGAUCAGCAAACCAAUGGUGGAGUAAAAGGAAGAUCUGGAGAUGAUCAACAAAGCAGUGGUGGAAUAAAGGGAGGAGGAGGAGAUGAUCAGCAAAGCAGUGAUGGAGUAAAAGGAAGACUGAAUGAAAAAGAAAAGGAGGAGUUGAGAGAUUGGAUUGAACAUUUAAAAGAAGAUGCAAUACUGAUUUUGAGGAAGAAUGGUGGAGAUGAUAAAGAGACUGGUAAAAUGUUAAACGAUGAACAACAACAUAAAAAACGGAAAGAGGAUGAUGAUUGGACAGAUGACGAAGAAUGGCUUCAGUAUACCAUACAACAACACGAAAAUGCUGACGAGGCAUUUGAAGAACAAAAAGAAAUAGGGGAAUUAUCAGAAGACCAACAGACAAUAAAAAAGAAAACACAACCACAAAAACAUCACCAUGCACAACUUAAAGUACAAAAAGGCCAUACUCAAGCAGAUGAUUCUGAGACGAAUUCUAAAGUCCAUGCACAACGAAGUUUGGGACAAAAAGGUGAAUUGGAAGAUGAAGACAAGAAGAAUCCAGGAAAGAGACAGAAAGGUGUAGUUGAAAAACAAGAAAGACAUAAAGGAAAAGGAAGAGAUGAUGAUGAAGAUGAACAAGGACAACUGUACGAAGAAGUGGAGGAAGACGAUUGGAUGAGUGAAGAGGAAGAAGUUGAAUCUAGAGACCAAACAAAAGGAGAAAGAAGAAAAGAACAACAUAAAGAUAGAGACACUAUCAAAUCAAAAAGAAUACUAGAAGAAGGAUACGAAGACGAAGAAUAUGAGGACGAAGAGGGAGAUCAAGAAACUGAACAAAAGUUUGGAAUAAAACAUAAGACUGAACACGCAACGAAGAAAAAUCAGAAGCUAAGAUCACGUGCAAGACGAGAAGAAGAAGGACGAAAACAACAACAACAAUAUGAGUAUGAAAUUUAUGAUGAUGAUGAUGAAGAAGAACUUGGAGUAAACCAUAAGACUGAACAGACAGCAAAGAAUGAUCUGAAGGUAAGAUCACAAGCAAAACAAGAAGAUGGACAACAAAAACAACAUGAUGAUGAUGAUGAACAACUAAAUGAAAAGCAAGGAACAGAGACAAAGGAAAUUGAAAUGGAAUCAAAAAAACAUUCGAAAAGAAGGCGACAACACGGAAAGAAGUGAGAGAGAGCAAAUCAAGACACCAAUAACCAGCAAGCGAGAUAGAGAGAGAGAGAGAGAGAGAGAGAGAGAGAGCUGUUCAAGGAAAAAAAUAAGAAUGAAAUAAAUUAAAGAGGAGGACAAGGUAGAGCUGGAAGAAAAAGUCAUGACAGUACAGAAAACCUAAUCAACAAGAUGAAACACCACAUCAAAAUAAAUCAUAAAAAUGUACUAAACUUCAAUAAAAAUAAUUGCAUAA